AUGUCGUCGUUCCAACAUCCCUCACAGAUGCCAUUUCAGCAAGGCGAACCCAGUGACCGGUCGCCCGGAUCGGACGAUGAAGACGAGGUUCCGAAAGGGAAUGGCGCCGCGCUGAAUAACCCUCGAACUCGGCCUGCCGACCCCAUGUUUCGACCUCCUCAUCCCAGUGGCAGACCCGUCGAGCAUUCCCUACAGGUAGGACCUCCACCGUGGGGUGCCCCUCCCAGUCGAAAACCGCGUUUCGCAGCACAGGAAGAAGAUGAGCCAAUUGAUCCUUUAAAGUCGGCUUACGCGGCAGCACCGUGGGCAAACAUGUUAUAUCUGGCCGAGGCUGCGAGACUGAAAGCGGAUUCCCAUGACGCCAAUCUACCACGCGAUGAGGGCAGAAAGAAGCGCCGACUGAGUACAUUUGUGGAGGAGUCGCGUGUCAGUCUGAAUGAGAGGGGGAAUUACGGGUCGCCAGAUCCCGUGGAUCUUGGUUGGUGCACGUUGGAAAAGGGGAGGCAGUUGUUUGAUCUUCUACGUAAUCGUUCACCUUUUGCUAUCACCACGAUUAUAGCCGUUGCUGCCAAAUGUGAAGACGCUGCUGGUGAGUCUGACGUUCCCGAUUGA